AGUAUUGGAUAUUAUAGCAAAAACAUUGGUGUCAAUAUUGUCGCAUUUAUUAUUGCAGACAAUAAACCUAGUCGAACAAUGCAUGAGCAAGGUAAAAAACAUAAAGAGAAUCAUGAGAAAUUUCUUAGAGAUAUUUAUCGUAAAGAACAUGAAAAUCUUAAAGAAGCAGCAAAAAACAAAACGCCGCAAACUCCUGAUGCUACUUUAUAUAUAAAAUCUCCAACGAAUUCAAAAGUCUCAACAGUUAAUGAUUAU